GUCAGGCUUUGAGUUGACUGGAGGGAGCAUGUGGGUCGGCCGCGCGCUGUGGGGGCCGCGAGCCCCAGCCCAGCUGCGACCCCGGCUGCUCCCGACUUCUGACCGCCGCGGGUCUGGCUUCGCCAACUACUCCGCUUCUGCCAAGCCCCCCCGGGUACGGGCGCUGGUCUAUGGGCACCACGGAGACCCUGCCAAGGUCGUCGAACUGAAGAACCAGGAGCUCGCCGCUGUGGGCGGAUCAGACGUCCAUGUGAAGAUGCUGGCGGCCCCGAUCAAUCCAGCAGACAUAAAUAUGAUCCAAGGAAAUUACGGCUUCCUGCCCAAGUUGCCUGCUGUUGGAGGGAAUGAAGGUGUCGGGCAGGUAGUAGCAGUGGGCAGCAGUGUGACUGCGGUGAAACCAGGAGACUGGGUGAUUCCAGCAAGUGCUGGCUUGGGAACCUGGAGGACUGAGGCUGUUUUCAGCGAGGAAGCACUGAUCGGGGUCCCAAGCGACAUCCCUCUUCAAAGUGCUGCCACCCUCAGUGUCAACCCCUGCACAGCCUACAGGAUGUUGAUGGACUUUGAGCAGCUGCGGCCAGGGGAUUCUGUCAUUCAGAAUGCAUCCAACAGUGGAGUUGGGCAAGCAGUCAUCCAGAUCGCCGCGGCCCUGGGCCUGAGAACCAUCAAUGUUGUCAGAGACAGACCUGAUAUCCAGAAGCUGACCGACAGGCUGAAGAAUCUGGGAGCUGAGCAUGUUAUCACAGAAGAGGAACUGAGAAAGCCCGAGAUGAAAAACUUUUUUAAGGACGUGCCCCAGCCCAGGCUGGCUCUCAACUGUGUAGGAGGGAAAAGCUCCACGGAGCUGCUACGGCAGCUAGCGCCUGGAGGAACCAUGGUGACCUACGGAGGGAUGGCCAAGCAGCCUGUCACAGCCUCGGUGAGCCUGCUCAUUUUUAAGGAUCUCAAACUUCGGGGGUUUUGGUUGUCCCAGUGGAAGAAGGACCACAGUCCAGACCAGUUCAAGGAGCUGAUCCUCACGCUGUGCGAGCUCAUCCGCCGGGGCCAGCUCACGGCCCCCGCCUGCUCUGAGGUCCCACUGCAGGACUACCAGCGUGCCUUGGAGGACUGCAUGAAGCCCUUCAUAUCUUCAAAGCAGAUUCUCACCCUGUGACAAUCCCAGAGGAGCCAGAGAGAAGUGGGAGGGGAGACAGAUCAGCAGACCUGGUUUCAGGCCCCUCUGCUGGGCUCAGCCUUCCCCAGACAGCUUUUUUCACCAUCACUCCCAACUGGGAGAUUGCGAAGCUAGCCGACAUGUCCCCAGGACCAGCCUCGGGGUAUCUAAUAAAGUCUGAACUUGCCCAAACAAAGCAAACAGAAAUCAUCCUCUUAGAGGAGGACUGUCGCAGGGCACCUGCCACCUCCCAGUGCUCAGAAGCCCCCUUGUUGCCUGUCUUCCAUUUGUCUCCGGCCAUCAUUCCUUCACCACUCUGAAAGCAAAGCCGGGUUACAUACAAAGGCAGUAAGACACACAUCUACCCUCAAGCUGCCCAGGCCCUCUAAGGGAAAUCUUGUGAAGAUUGGACUCACUUCUGAGGAGUGAAUACCAGGCUGAGGGACAAGGCAGUGGGUCUCAGGCAGCUAGCCCACUGUCAUGGAAGUCCUUCCUAACCAGGGAGCUGGCUGGCACACCAGCCGUUCUCAGGCGGAGGUCAUUUUAGCCCCACGGGACAUCGAUCAUGUCCAGGGACUUUUUUUUAAAGAUUUAUUUAUGCAUACAAGAGCAGGGAUACAGGCCAGAGGUGUGGGGGGUGAGAGGAUCCACCAGAGACAGAGUGAAGAACAGAGCAGGCAGAAUGACUGAAAUACACUGCUGAGGGGAGCAGCAGACGAGUCAAGAGAGGUCUGCUGCGCCAUGUGGGUUGCUCCCUGGCUGGCCGGGGAUCGAACUCGUGCUGCAGAGGCUGCAGAUUGCUUUACAGGCUGCAUCUCAACCCCUUGUGCCACCAGGGAGGCCCUCCAGGGACAUUUUUGAUUGUCUUAAUGAGAGGGUGCUAGUGGGUAGAGGUCAGUGUUGGCACUCAGUGGGUAGAGGUCAUUGUUGUUCAUGGUGCACAGAACAAGCUCACGCCAAGGAACUAGCCAGCCCAUAAUGUCCACAGUGCUGCUGUGAACCCCUGCAUUAAACUGGUAAUCCCCCAGUAAUCGCCACAGUGAUUAGUGCGCUAAAGUAGUCACAUAUGAGAUGCUGUGAGUGCGCAACUGAGGUGUUACCCUAGACCUGGGUCAGGGGAGCCUUCCUGAGGUGAAGCUUGAAAGUGGGCCCUGAGAAAUAGGCAGCUUUAUUCAGACUAAGAUUUUGCUAUUCUGUAACUUUUUAAGUUUUGCUUGCUAAUCCAUUCACCCAAAGAACUAGAGACUUUGGGCAUCUCCCUUAUCACCUGGUCCUCUCUGUCCCUUAGCUCAGGAGCCUCAUUCAAGGGGUAUGACUGAGUGCCUACUGUGUGCCUGAGGACAGAGGUGCUGAUUGAGAGAUGGGCUGACCAGCGAGCUGCCUAGACGUGACAGUAUGCAACAAGGCUGCUAACAUGGAGGCGUUCCGAGGGCUAUGGGACACCACUUAUCUGCUCGAGGGCCAGAGGAAGGCUUCCCAAGGAAGUUGUCACAGAAGAUCUGUGAAGUCCAAGCAGGAAAAUUGCACCAAGCUAAGCCUGUAGCACACAUAUGAGUUUGGUGGCCUUAGAGGGCUGACACAGGAACUGCCAACAGCCCCAUGUAGCCGCUACCUGAGAUGUAGGAGGCUGUGAGGAGUGCAGUGUGCGUGGUGAGCCAGGGUCAGAGCAGGAGGGUCAUGAAGUCAAAACUUACUCUUAGGGCCUGGAAGGCACAGAGGAAUUGUAGGCAGCAGAGCGAUGUGGAAAGUGGCUCCAGUUUAGUUAUAUGAAACUUGUGCAGCUGCUCCCGGCAUGAUCCUUUGCCUUUGCCAGCAUCUUGUGUGUCCUCUGGAGAAAAGAACUCAGGUUCAGUCUGGGUUGGGAAAGAUUUCUCACCUUAUAAACCUGAGUACAGGGUCAGCCCCUACCAGCCCUAAUGCCUCCCCCAUCCCCAGUUCCCAGCCCCAGUUCUUGAGGUCAGUGCAAGGGGUGAUUUUUAUAGAUACUCUGUGUGGACAAGGGAAAAAGCCCAAGAGAGGGGUGAUGCUAACCACUACAAGAGUGAUAGGAAAGAUUGGUUUUUCGAGGGACAUUCUCAAGGUUGGGAUCUAGGGGGAGUGCCGAGCCUGGGGCCAUAGUAAGGGAGCAGCCCCUGGUAGGGUCUGCCAGAGGAGGCAGACAGGAGGGAGGGAGGUUCCUAACACCAGGUUAGAGGUCUCCUGGAGGGGCUGCAGUGUCUUGAGAAUGACUGAUAGGGGUCAAAGAUGACAUCUGACUGCACUUUAAAAGGUGAUUACAAUUUUCUCAGGAAGGGCAAGGAGUCAAGCAGCACUAAGGGAGCAGAUUAAACAAAGUUACAGAGGCAGGACAUUUAUGUUAGAAUCUUCUCAUAUUCCCCAAAUAUCCAUUCUCUUCCCAAUAAUUAAAAUGAAUGACCCUUAGGUGGGCACUUGGUAGGCUGGAAUAAACACUUUCCCUGUCGCCCCUAGAGGAGACAGGUCUGUCCCAUGUGAAUCAGCACAGGUGAUAGGUGUCCAUUUCUUAGGGACCUCUUUCAAAUAUUAGCUGACACCAUUCCUGGACCUUUUCUUCCCCUUCCAAGUUCUUCCUGGCUGGGAUACAGACACAAUUUCUAGAAUUUGCACAGUCAUCUUUGACCAUGUUAAGAAGCACACAGCAACAAAAUCAAAGGAGUCUGGGUUCCUGACACCCAGAAGACUGGUUUUACCUGAGAAAGAAGUUUCUAUUUAAGUUCCUAGUAUUUGGGGUUCCUCUGAACCUAAUAAUAACUGAUAGACAUUCUGUGAUUUAAUAUACAUUGAAAUUGAGUGACUCAAUCUGAAAGUGGAAAAGUAAAUUAUGGCAGUUUGUGAUCCCAGCUAAGAAAUUUGGACUUUAUCCUGUUGGCAGUAGGGAACAAAAAGUUCCUGAGCCAAAAGAUCAAAACUGCUUUGGAAAAAUCCCUCUGGCAGCAGGUUGGGGAACAAUUUGGAGAAAUGAGGCACUAGAGAAAGAUAAAACCAGAAACUUUCUAGCUUCUGAAUUUCAGAUAAGUAAAACCCCCCUGAAUUUCAAAGAAUGAAGUAGGGAUUACCAACAUUUAACAGGCCUGCGGGGGAAGACUGAAACAAAACAAUGUUAAAGGAGAAUCUGACUUAAAGUAGAUCACCUUUUCCAUGCUUCACAAGUGUAGAAGAUUGUUUUUUUAUUUUCCUGCUGAGUAAUCUCUGUAAAGGGGCCACUCCUCUGGCCUGCUAAGUAAACAAUGUCCUUUUUAAAGACUAAAGAAAAGAAGGCUUGGCUUCAGAAGACCAAAAGAAGACAAAUAAGCAUUACCUGCUAACACAAAGCUUGGGCACACCUGAAGCCCUGAGGCUCACAACUCUGGCCCCCCCCUGUUGUCUUCUGGGAGCAUCCAGCGGUGACUACCUACACCCACUGCCUUGAUAUUGAUGAUUGACUUGUGUCUUGGGAGAUGAGAUUAUAAUAAAGUCUGCUUUCCUCGGGGAAAGAAUGAGGUCCAGAAGAAAAAGGUUCUUGAUAAACCUUGGGUAUCAGGCAUCCCUGUUCUUGUGCCUGGAAGCUCUUAGCAGCACCCACUAGCCCCAUGCUUCUUGGUGGGUGCCAUGCACUGGGAUAAGGCACUGGGCCCAGCCAGAGCAGCUGGGAAUGGUGGAAAAGAGAGAAUCAGUCCUGGCACAGCACCUGCCUGCAUCUGAAGGCAGGAAAAUCCUGGGAAGACAGCAAAGCUAACCUAAAGGUAAGUGGGAAGGAAAAUUUCUCUAUGUCCAUAACCCUUUGCCGUGGACAAGCACUUUCAUUUUUGCAGUGGAAAAGGAUUUGAUUUUUACAAUGCCUCUGAUCAUUGAGGUUUUAACAUCACAGUUUCACAGAAGAGGAAGCCCCUGAGAGAGGUGAAGUGAGCUGCUCACAGAGCAUGCAGCAGAGCUGCCACCAGAAGCCAGAUCCCCUGACCGUCUCUGGUCACCCAUACCAGUCAAUCCCAAUUAUUUUGGCCCAGUAGCUGGCCUUUCAGCUUCCUUUUCUUUUUUUUUUUUUUUAACUUUUUAAUUUUGUUCAAUAAGAAUUGACAUGUAAUCAGAAGAGAGUUGAAAUUGCCCUAUGUCUAACAGAGAAGCAUAAAAAAGGGUUAAUAGGGAGGGAUGCCAUUGAAGACCAUAUAAAAGAGCUUUUUAUAAAUAAUUUAAACAAUAAUUAUGUGAAAAGCCCUGUCAUAGGUGCUAGGUUUACAGCAGGAAGAAAAACAAAAAACAUGGCAUUAGUGGAGGAGAAAGACAACAAGCAAGUGAAUAAAAAAACAGGGUAAUUAGAGUCUGAUAAGUGAUGGGAAAGACAAAAGUUAAAAACCCUGAUAUGCAAAGAAUAUGGUGAGGCCUGAACUAGCUUAGAAAGUAGAAAAGUAAAAGGAUCUGUGACCAUUUGGAAAAGUAAAUCAACAGGACAGACUGAAUGUCGUGGUUGAAAGAGGUACUUUGGUACCUUGCUGGGUAGAGUUCCCGAAGAGGGAACUAACUCAGAAGAGGAGCAGGUUUUGGAAACAGGCAUUUCUCCUCUAUGGGCUCUCUUUCUCAUCUGUACAAAACAGGUUGACAGACUAGAUGACAAUCCAGGUUAACACUAGUUCUUAUGAAUAUUAUGAUCCUCACAUCUUAGUAACUUCCAAAUGGAUCAAAGACUAUAAUAGAAAAAUAAACCCUAAAAGUAACCAAUGAGCCACAGGACAUUUAAAAAACAAAACCUCAGAGUGAGAAAGGCCUUUGAAGUUACAUCACAAAAUUCAGAACAAAAGAAAAAGGAUGGAUAAAUUUAAUCCCAUAAAUACCUAAUGUUUUAACAUGACAAAAAAAAAAAAACCACUGGGCAAAGUCAAAAGUCAACAAAUAUUUGGGAAAAAAUAUUUGCAACUCAUUUGGCAAAGAGCUGACUACCCUAAUAUGCAGUGAGCUCCUAUGAAUUAGUAAGGGAAAAAUGGGCAGAAGAACAAAGGGAAAUAAAUCUCUUAAGCAUAUGAAAUGAGGCUCACUACUCAAAAUUUAACUACCCUGAGAACCAAUUUUCAGCUAUCAGAUUGAGAAGAUCAUAAGAUUUGAUAACAGUAUUGAUGAGAUAGGGAAAUCGGGAGACUUGAGCAAUAUCUAUAAAAACCCCAGGGCUGACGCCCUUUGACUCAAUUGUCUUACUGCAAGUAAUAGAUCCUGCCUACAGGUACAUACAGAGUAACACACUUCUGGAGUUGUAACAAAAGAUUAGAAACUAUUUCAAUGUCCUUCUCUAGGGCACUGAUUAAUUUGUUACGCAUAAAGUGGCAUAUAAUGAUCCACAAUAUACCAUUCUUCCUGAGUAAGUUCCUUUUGUAGUCUUAGGGAGUGAUUUUUCGAAAUAAAGUGCAGAAUUGUAAUGUAUAGUAUACUUCUGUGUUUGAUAUGUGUAAAAUACCUGGGAAAGCACAUUUAAAAACUGAUUACUUUGUCUCUGGGGAGGGACACUAGGCUACCAGAGACUUGACUGUGUAUCAUUAGAACUAGUGAAUGAAUUAUCCUUUCUAGAUAUAAUUUAAUAAAUGAAAAUAGCAAAGAAAAUUCUUUUGUGGUUCUAGGUAAAUUGGGCUAGUGAAAAGGAAACCAGUAUGUAUUGAGCUACCACAUUCCAGACGCUGUUCCGCGCACUGCCACAGGCACGACCCCAGCCCGUCACCCUGGCGGUCCAUCGAGAUGGGAUAAAUUAAUUUUUACAAAUUAGAAAAUAGGUGAGAUUGGUCAGUGCCGAGCCUCGUCUAGCUCCAAAGCCCCAGCCUUCACUUCCCACUCUGCUUCCCUUUAAGCAAAGUGUCCUGCUUUAAAAACAGUGCUGGU